AUGAUGCAAGUCAAACCUGCAUCCGGCGGACGUCGCAGGAUCGUCAAGGACUUCUUUCCCGAUGUUGAAAGGCACACAGCAAUCUACAAGGACCUCCAUGAGAACCCGGAGCUUCCAUGCCAGGAGCAGCGGACUGCAACGGUCGUAGCAGACCGGCUAGAAACUCUCGGCUUCGAAGUUGAGCGCGGAAUUGGAGGCCAUGGGGUGGUUGGCAUUCUCCGUAAUGGCUCGGGGCAAAAUGUCCUCCUGCGCUCUGAGCUUGAUGCACUGCCUAUCAAGGAAACAACAGGCCUGCCCUACGCUAGCAAAGUCGAGCAAGUCGAUGCUGAUGGCAUUAAAAAAAGGUCGCUGCUGCAUGAGGCUAGGAACUUCUGGUCCGGCACUGUGAUUGUUUUAUUCCAACCCAACGAGGAGCGGCUGCUAGGCGCCAAAGCAAUGGUUGAUGAUGAGCUGUUCAGCAAAAUACCCCUACCUAGCGUCUGCUUAGCACAGCACUGUGUCCCGACCAAAAGCGGAACCAUUGCGUUGAAACCUGGCCGCGUUCUGGGCUAUCUGGACUCGCUGGAUGUCCGUGUAUAUGGCCGCGGUGCGCAUGGCGCUACGCCCCAGUUGGGAAUCGAUCCAAUCAUGCUGGCUGCGAGUAUUCUCACACGUCUGCAGACUAUUGUCGGCCGUGAAAUGGAUCCCAAGGAGCCUGUCGUGAUAGGAUGCGGGACGUUUCAUGCCGGUACUGAUGCCAGCAUCAUUCCAGAGUACGCCGACUUCCAGGUCGAUGUGCGCACAUUCUCGGAAAGCACCCAGAAACUUGCAAAGUCUGCAGUGGAGCGCGUUAUACGAAAUGAGUGCGAAGUUUCUGGAUCCCCGAUAGCUCCCCGUAUUGUGACUACAGCUAGCAGCCCUGCUAUUGAUAACGAUGCUGUGGCAACAAGCCGAUUCGCACGGGUGCUAGAAUCCUAUUAUGGAAACGAAUCCUCCAAGGUUAUUCAGGUGAUGCCACCAGAUAUUGUCGCGGAUGAUUUUGUGCUUCUCUCACUUCCGUCCGGUGGAAACCCAAUACCAUAUGUGUACUGGAACAUUGGCGUGACAGACCCACAGACUUGGGAGAAGGCAGAUAGAGAAGGCAAGCUGCGGAAUUUGCCUCCAACCCACAGUUCUAUCUAUGCGCCGGCAAUUCAGCCUACCCUACAGACCGGAAUCGAAGCAUUGGCUUUGUCUGCCUUGACAUUUCUUGAAAUUCUUUGA